ACCCGAAUCCAAACUAUUCUCUCUUUCUCUUCUGUCUUUAUGAUUCAAGAUUUUGUACCUAUAUCUCUGCUAUCCAUCUCUAUCUUAACUUUGUGGUUUGUACCAAUAUUUAUCACAACUAGUACUGUUUUAUUGAGGGUGGCCUUUUGUUUUUUCUUUUUAUUUGGUUCUUGAAAUUCUCUUUCGGCUUGUGGUUUUUCGAUUGAGAGGGGGUGUGUGCAUGAUAAAUAAAGGUGGCGGAGAGAAGGGAUUCCGGUGGGAAUAAAGAAGCUCCGGCUCAUGAUGGCGGCCCGGGAAUGAAUCUACCGCCGAAAGAGUACUUGGCGGCUGAGGGAUCCACCAUGUAUGUUGACCAUCAGUUUAGUCAGUCGCAAAAUUCAGGCGAUCAUUUGCAGUAUUCUUACAGGCCGCAGCAAGUUACUACUAGUGGGGGGAGUGGUAUGAUGUGGUUCGGUGGCGGCGGAGAUGGAGGUGGGAUUGGGAGUGGGGGUGUUAUUAGCUAUGGGGUGAAUUCGUCGUCACCAAGCUAUAGCUCAGGUUCUUCGAGCUCGGGGCAGAAGAGGACGAGAAGUGAUCAAGAAAGUAGUGUGACGACUCAAUUUCCGGGACAGCAGUUGCCGAAGCUUCAGAGAGGGAUUAGUCAAGACUCUUCUUCCCUUUCUUCUGUAAAAGAAGAACCAGAUGGCAUUGCACCAGCCGCAGCAGAUGCAACCCCGCCCCCGGCCGCGGAGAUAGACCAAUCUGCGCAGCCAGGAGCAUCCUACGAAAGAAGAAAAUACCGAGGAGUCCGACAAAGGCCAUGGGGCAAAUGGGCAGCAGAGAUACGAGAUCCGCACAAAGCAGCUAGAGUCUGGUUAGGCACAUUCGAAACAGCCGAAGCUGCCGCAAGAGCCUACGAUGAAGCUGCCCUCAGGUUCCGAGGCAGCCGAGCCAAGCUCAAUUUCCCCGAAAACGUCCGAAUGAUCCCACCUCCACUAGCUCCUCCACCACAACCCCGAAUGGCCAAUUCCAGCUCCUCGGCCUUCCAUCAGCCAGCGCCAUUUCUGAGCCAACAAUUCGAAGCUUCGGACACUCUCAAGGACUAUUUCGAAUACUCUCGGUUACUCCAGAGCAGUGGAGAUCUUCAACUGCACCAACAGCCUAACUUAUUGCAUCAAAUGUUGAAUGUCCCAACAGCUCCUACACAGUCAUUUGGUGGUUCUUUCUCCUCGCAAUCUUCGGUCACAAUGCUGAAUUCUCCGUUUGGUCAGCCGUUCCCGAAUCAGCAAAUCGCAGGCUUGUUCCAGAGGCCAGCUGCCGGGACUAGGGGAGAGGGUAGUAGCCAGGAUUUUCCGGCUACAUCAAGCAGAAUGCCCGGCCAAUAUUUCCCCCCAUCUUCUAGUAAUUAGUACUAGUAUUUUUGUUUUUUCUUAAGAAAAAAAUAUAGAGAUAUUAAAAAGAGGUGCAUGAUAAAAUCUUUAUCGUUGUUGAGUUGUAAGGUGAUAUACUUUGUGCUGAUGAGCAUGGUUUUUUCCUUUUUGAAUACAAUUUAGUAGGGUUUUGAAA